UGUUCCUUCUCUCUAGGUGCAAACGCUAGAAAUAGGCAGACACAACUGACGUAGACUGACGGGCUUAUUUUCACAUUUUUAACAGCAAAACGAUGAAAUUGUGUUAACAGUCAGUCGCAUGAAACAAAGCAUAGAAAAGCCUAUACGAAACUUUUAAUAUACUGCCAAAAUCAUCUCUAAUCAUUUGAGAGUUCUAAUACUCGCGUUCUAAUUGGAAUCAAAAGGGGCGGAGUCAACGGUUCCGCUCGCUCUUGUGGGUGGCUUCAUGCAGCGCUUCAGCAGCAAGUGUACGCGUGCAGAUGUAGAAGUUGAGUAGUGGGUGAUUCGCGAGGCGCCGUGAGGGGUGACCGUUCUUCUGCAGGAGGUUUGUCCUUUCUAAGACAACGCCUGUAGUCCCUUUCUUCCAAUCAACCUCUCAGUAUUUCAUUAUGGAGGCCAGGGGAAAAUAUGACUUUAAUGGGACAGCAGAAGAUGAGCUCAGCUUCCGGAAAGGAGACAUUGUGAAAAUUCUGGGAUCUCAAGAUGAAUGGUUUAAGGCAGAGCUGCAUGGUCAUGAAGGCUAUGUACCUAAAAACUAUGUUGAUAGGCAAAUACCAAGCUGGUUCAAGGAGAAUGCCAGUCGUAGUUCUGCUGAGGAGAUGCUCAUGUCCAAAGAGGUGGGGGCUUUCCUGAUCCGUGGCAGCCAGAGUUCCCCUGGAGAAUUCUCCAUCUCAGUCAGACAUGAGUAUGAUGUACAGCAUUUUAAAGUUAUGAAGGAUAAUAAGGGCCAUUACUACCUGUGGACAGAGAGGUUUACCUCCUUAAACAAGCUGGUGGAAUACUACAAGACCUCUUCCAUAUCCAAGCAGAAGGAGAUCUUCUUGAAGGAUGAAAGCAGUGAUGAGCCAAGAGCACCUCAACCAUUAAAAAGUCAGCCAGAGGUUCGGCCUCCCCCAGGUGGAGGUUAUGGCAGUCCCCAAACUACAACACAACACCGCAACACAACAGAUCAGACUCACAACCAGAAGAGUAAGAGCAGAAGUGUUGAAGAGAAAGCGAACACUGUGGGUUACACAGGGAGGAACAGCCCAGUCCCUCGGAGAACCUCUGAAACGUUGCCUGCUCCGAGGUCCACCAUACAAGUGAGAGCACUAUAUGACUUCACAGCAGAGGAAGAUGAUGAGUUGGGCUUCAAUGCUGGUGACAUCAUAGAAGUACUGGACCGCUCGGAUGCAUCAUGGUGGAAAGGACGAUUGCGCGGCAGGACUGGUCUUUUUCCUGCCAAUUACACAGAUCAAAUCUAAUACGUUACCACUGCUCAGAGGUGAAAAAGCACUGUACCAAGAUCAUAUUCAUCAUUCUCCUACCAAAAACCUGUCUAUGGAAUGGACAAUAUGUUUAAGACUGCCAGUUUUAUGAAGUUAUUCCAAAAUAACUGAGAAGAAAAAACAGUACUCAUGAAGGACUAUGUUGGUUCUAUACCUUACAUACAUAGCCUUGUGUUUUAUUUCACAAAUAAGAUACAAAAAAUUACUAGACUAGAUCAUUCCCCUUACAUGUAAAAUUUCCCAAAUUACUACACCGUUUUCCUUGAUAUUAAUUAUACAUUGCGCUAAUACAAUGACCCUUUUAUCUCCUUGGCUAUGUCAAAAAGUUUAUUUUUGCUCAUCAGGUAAACACAAUAAAUGAGAAAAGAUUAACAGUGUUAUGGGCCGUUCAGAUCUAACGUGUUCUUGCACUAAAAAAAGUUGAGUGAUCAUGACCAUGUGUCAUCGUCUUGCCAGUCAUGUACUUAUUUUCCUUCCUGAAAAAAGCAUCCAGUGGGAUUUCAAAAUUGGCUAAAAAUGUCUGGGAUUUGGACUUGUCUUCAUAUUGAUGUGCUCUCUACAGUUAGAAUGAGCAUACAUUCUGUGUAUACCUUCUGCACAUCCGUUUUUUACGUGUUUACAUGUUCUUAUGGUGUUUUUGUGAUCUUAUGUGAGCUGCAGAGCAUGCACUCUUUCAAAAUACUAUUUUACACUCUCUCUCACUCUCUCGCUCGCCCUUCCACUCCCUUACUCUCUGCACACACUUUACAGUAUGUGUGUGCGCACAAGAGAGAUUGCCAGAAAAAAAUCAAUAAUGUAUGUACACUUUUAAAAGUAAGUUCCCCAACUCUACAAAUGAUUAAAUAGAACGCCUUUAUCAUCAGACUCACGCUUAAAACGCAUUGCAAUUUUUAAUGAAAAUGUUGAUAAUAUUGAGACAACAUUAUAUAUACUACGUAUCAGAGAAAAAACGAAUAUGACUGAUAAAAAUAGACCAUGAUGGAAAUCGGACAACUAAGUCCAUCAAAUAUUUGUAGCGCAACCUCUCUAUGUCACCUGUAAAGCUACAAUUGCGCAUAAAUAGAAAAAAAAAAAAAAGAAAAAAGAAAAUAUGAUGAACACAGGCCAGGCCAUGUGAAGGGAGAAACAAGCCCUGUGUCUCUAUUCACAUACUAUCCAUACUAAAUAUUAUGUGACAAGCACAAAACGUCAGCCAAAGGAGAGUUUGUCAUAAAGACUUUAUCUUUGAGGACAUACACCUGGGCAUAGCAGGUGUAGUACUAUAAGUCGUAGUAUUUUUUUAGCAUAUUAUCUUUUUUCUGUUUUUGAUUUAUAUUGUAUUUUAUGGCCAUUAUUCAAUGUAUUAAUGCUACUAUUCAUUAUAUGGCAUUUAGAAAACGGUGUUUCAAAGCUUUAUACAGCGAUACAAUACACACGAAUUCUGACCCAUCCAUGUUUUUCCAUGUUUCCAUUGGAAAACAAUUGACAUACAGCACAAAAGGGCGCAAAAACACGUCCGGUGCAAUGGCCCCUUACAGCACCAAGCAAACAUUUUUGGAAGAAUUGAAAUAAGUUUUGUAGUACAAAAUGGCAUUUGUCAAAACAUGGCACAGGCAAACGAGGUAUGAUUAUUGUGUUGAUACGCAGGCUGGAAAAUACGGCUAAUAUGACAUCAGUAGUAGUAAAGGACUUGAAUAAACAUUCCCUUUCUGCUUUCAAAUAAGAGUCAAUUAAAAAAAAAAAAAAAAAAAAAAAAAAAAAA